CUCUUAAUUUCUUGAUAUUCAAAAUACACAUUCUUAAGUUUGCUUGUAGGUGUAUUGGGCUAUUUUCUGAGACAAACAUAACUAUUUCAAACCCUGCAAGUUAUCAUGUUAUCCUCCUCCUUAAAUAUCUUCUACUAGGGUUCUAUAGUUACCAAGGAAGUUUGCUUCUUGCUAUCUGCCAGCCAUUUUUUUCUUCACUGUUUUUUCUUCCCUGUUGGAGGUCUUGCAGAAGUAUCAGACUACCAAGGGGGUUCAAAUUAGCAGGUAAUUUUCAAUUCAGUUAUUUCCAAUUUCCUAUGAUGUUGACUUUACAAUGAUUGUAUUUUAACUUUAGUAAAAACAUUGUUCAGAUGAUUUUAUAUGGUCUUGUUUUGAACAUGAAUAUUUGGUCAAGCAAGAUGAACAAUUGUGAUUCGACUUAGCUUUAAUUAUAAAAGUAGUACUGGGUAUUGCUGAAAAUCAACAAAAAGUUUAAUUUAUUGAUGUUCAAAAUUGAUUUUAUUAAGUUUGUUUGUAGGUGUAUUACGCUAGUUUUUGAGAUAAACGGAACUAUUUGAAAUCCUGCAAGUUAUCGUGUUAUCUUCCUCCUACUCCAUGUUGGCUCCAUCUUCUUCAUCAUCUUCUUCCAUUUAUCCAUGGAAAUACGAUAUUUUCUUGAGUUUUAGGGGUGAAGAUAGCCGGAAGAGCUUCACGGACCAUCUAUAUGUUGCUUUAAAACAGUCCGGAAUCAACACUUUCAGGGAUGAUAACAACCUUAAAAGAGGCGAGGACAUCGCACCCGAGCUCUUGAAAGCAAUUGGAGAAUCAUGGGGUUCAAUAAUCGUUUUUUCAAAAGGAUAUGCUCUUUCAAGUUGGUGUUUAGAUGAGCUUGCCGAGAUUGUGAAACAGAGGGAGGAAAGGGGACAUCAAGUUUUUCCAAUUUUCUAUGAUGUUGAAGUCUCCGAUUUAAGACAUCAAAGACAGAGGGUUCAAGAAGCCUUUGACAUGCAUGAAAAGAGAUAUAAGGAGAACAAAGAUAAGACGCAAAGGUGGCGAGAUGCUUUAUCCCAAGUGGCUAAUAUCAGUGGAUGGAUUUUGAAAGAUCAGUAAGUUAUAGCUUCAUUUUUUUAUCUUUUGGAAGUUUAAACUCAAGACGUUCAAUCCUUGACUUGACUCCAGUAAUACUAAACUAACA